GAUUAAAUUCACUUGAAAAUGAACACCUAACAACGUAUUAAUUUUAGUUUUACAGAUACCGUGAUAAAAAUACGCAAUCGGCACAAUGAUGUAAUUCCUACUAUGGCUCAAGGAGUAAUAGAAUACAAGGAAAGCUUUGGCAUUGAUCCAGUGACCUCACAGAAUGUGCAGUAUUUUUUAGACCGUUUCUACAUGAGUCGCAUUUCAAUUAGAAUGCUCCUUAAUCAACACUCUUUACUGUUUGGUGGAAAAUUAAUCCAGCUCAUCCAAAACACAUUGGAAGCAUUGAUCCUAGCUGCAAUGUUGUUGGAGUUAUUAGAGACGGCUAUGAAAGUGCCAAGAGUCUUUGUGAUUUAUAUUACAUGAGCUCUCCAGAACUUGUCCUUGAAGAGUUGAAUAGUAAGUGAAUGUGGGAUGAGACACUUUCC